AUGGUCUUGAUCCCAGGCCCCGUCAAGUCGAUCGCAAGCAUCGUGGUUGAAGUGGUCUUCUUCUGGCAGCGUCGCCUGUACAGCUGGUGGACACGCAAGUCCCAGCGCGAGCUGCUUUUCGAAAGCCUCGACGAGGCGCGGUGCUUCGAGGAGUGGGAGGCCUCGGCGUACCAGCUGGACGAACUGCUGGGCUACGACCUGUGGCGCCAAAAUGCCAGCUCCGAGCACUAUGACUACCGCCUGAUAUACGAGCGCCUGCAGGCCGUCAUCGAGGCGAGAGAAGAGGACGACAUACUCAGUCUCGUGUCGCUGCUGCGCUCCGGCCUGGUCAGGAACAUUGGCAACAUCACGGCGCCCCGCCUGUUCAACCACGCCUUUGCGGGCACAAAGCUUCUCAUUGAGGACUACGUCACCCAGGUCGCGCUCGCCAUCGACUACAUCACGCACUAUCCGACCUCCCCGGACUUCCAGGGCGGACUUACGGACCAGGCGAAGCUGGACGUGCUGCACGACACCAGGCAGGCGUUCGGGCGGAGCGUGCUGGUGCUCCAGGGCGGAAGCAUCUUCGGACUCUGCCAUCUCGGCGUCGUCAAGGCGUUGCAUCUCCGCGGCCUGCUGCCACGCAUAAUUGCGGGAACGGCCACGGGCGCCCUGAUCGCCGCGCUUGUCGGCGUGCACACCGAAGAUGAGCUGCUGGAGUUUUUGACGGGCGACGGCAUCGAUCUCAGCGCGUUUGCGAGACGCGGAAACGGCGACGCCGAGGGCGACAAAGGCUCGUACAACUGGGAGACCGAAGGUUGGUUCUCGACAUCGACGCGCAGAGUCAAGCGAUUCAUAAAAGAAGGGUAUUUAUUGGACGUAGGGGUCUUGGAGCGCUGCGUGCGCUCGAACGUGGGCGACAUGACGUUCCAAGAGGCGUACGCAAAGACGAAGCGCAUUCUGAACAUCACCGUCUCGACGACGGGUGGUGGCGUGCCGAACCUGCUCAACUACCUGACCGCACCCAACGUGUUGAUCUGGUCGGCCGCCUUGGCGUCGAACGCUUCCUCCUCCCUGUACUCGCCCGUCAAGCUGUACUGCAAGGACGAGGUCGGCGCAAUCGUGCCCUGGGCCCCCGCGCAAGAAACGACGUUUCGGUCCUGGACGCACACGCGAUACACCGAGCGCGAGUCUCCCCUCACCAGGAUCGCCGAGCUGUUCAACGUGAACCACUUCAUCGUCUCGCAGGCACGGCCUUACAUCGCGCCUUUCCUGCGCCCCGACCUGCACCACCCGAACCCAAAGCAGGACUGGGCCUGGCGGCUCUCGCUGCCCAUGCUGCGCCUCAUCGCGAUGGAGGUGCAGCAUCGCCUCAUGCAGCUCGACUCUCUCGGCUACCUCGCACCCGCCAUCCGUCGCUUCUUGAUCGACGAGACCAUCCCCGGCGCAAGCCUGACCCUCGUCCCGGAGUUCACCCCGAAGGACUUUGUGCGGCUGCUGGAGAACCCGACGAAGCAAAGCGUCGACUAUUGGAUCCGCAAAGGCGAGCGCAGCGUGUGGCCUGCCGUUGGGGCGCUCAAGGUCCGGUGCGCCAUCGAGGUCGAGCUCGACCGCGGCUAUCAGCGGGUGCGGAGACGCAAGCCGUUUGACCUGCAGAUGCCGGUGGAGGCCAACACGAACGCGAAAAUGAGACGAGGAAGCAACGAGAGGCUGCGGAAGCGAGCCAGAGCCGCUAGUUUCGGCGCUGCUGGGUGA